UGCCUAGCAUACGAAGUAAAUAUUACAGCUGUCUCUCUCUCUCUGUUUUCUGCAAAAGAUCUAAAGGAGAGUAAGUUUCCAUCAUCAAGGUAUUUGAAAUCACAGCUAUCAAUCUUUAGAUGACUGCCAUGGAGUUCCAACCUGUUAUUAUGGCUGCUGGUCGUGGGACAAGAAUGAAUUACCUUACCUAUGCCAAAUAUCCGAAGGCCUUGCUUCCAAUCGGCAACCUUCCUAUGAUACUGUACCCUGUUUACAUGCUAGAAAGGGCUGGCUUUGAGGAGGCCAUUGUUGUAGUCCUUGAUUCCCAGGCAGCAGAAAUACGUAAAGCCUUAGUUGGAGUGAAGCUCAGAUUAGACUUGGUGAGCAUACCUGAUGCAAACUUCUGGGGCACUGCUGACUCCCUGAGAUACCUCAAGGACAAAAUCAAGAGAGACUUGCUGAUCAUCAGCUGUGACCUGAUAACAGACAUUUCCAUCCAUAAAAUAGCCAACAUCCACAGGAAGUAUGAUGCAACAGUGACUAUGUUGCUGUCUCCAGUUCCUUCACAGUACAGAGAUGUUCCCACCCCUGGGCCAAAGGCAAAGAAAAGAUCAGAGCGAGAUUUCAUUGGUUUUGAUGAGCAAGGGGAUAGAGUUUUAUUCAUGGCAUCUGAAGCUGAUUUAGAUGAACAUAUAAAAUUUCGAAAAUCAAUGUUAAAAAGACAUCCCUGCCUGAAUAUAAAAUCAGGACUAACAGACUGCCAUAUGUACCUUAUGAAGAAAUGGGUGGUGGAUUUUCUUGAAUCGAGUAAAGCUAUAUCAUCUAUCAGAGGAGAACUUAUCCCAUACUUAGUUAAGAAGCAGUUUUCCAAACCGAAAGCCAGUUGUGAUAUGGAGAAGACCAAUAUGUCGGUUGUGUCAGAGGAUGUUCGACCAGAUAUAUUCACAUUUUCCAAAGUAGAUGAAAUAACUGAGAAAAUAAGAGAAAUGUCAACGUGGAUUGAUCAUAGAGGUGACAUGGAAGAUUGCUUCCAUCAGAACCCAAUCAGAUGUUACGCACACAUACAGACAGAUGGAUUCUGUGUAAAGGCCAACACAGUAGCUGCCUACAAUGAGUCCAAUAAACAGAUCCCAAGGGUUUUAGCAGAGUUAACUUGUGAAAAGGAGACUGUUGUGACUCAUCCAUCUACUUCAAUAAAGGGCAAGUCACAGGUUGGAACAGACUGUUUGGUUGCUGAAGGUGCUCAGAUAGGGGAGAAGACUUCAGUGAAGAGGUCCAUUAUAGGCAAACACUGUACAAUUGGAGACAAGGUCAAAAUUGCCAACUCUGUUAUCCUAGAUCGUGUGUCUAUACUGGAAGGAUGCAAUAUUCAAGGCAGUUUGCUUGGUGCUCGGUCUACAGUGAAUGAGAAAUGUGAACUGAAGGAUUGUAUAGUCGGACAUGGACAGGACAUAAAUGCAAUGGGUAAAUUUACAAAUGAGGCAAUAACUGGUAUCGACAGAAUGAUGGAGAUCUAACAGGUGUUGUGUAUUUGAUGUCAUUAUGCUAUAGGAGAAAGCUGUGUACAACCAGCAUUAAGAGACUCAAUCUACUGGGUAUCUUUUUCAGACUUGUCAGGUGUCAUUUACAACAACUAAGAAUGAGAACUGUGAAAAUAUGAUAGCGUUUUGAAAGCUCAAUAAAGUGAAAUUAUGAUAGUC